UCAGACUGAAAACACUGAAUCCUGUAUAAAUUGCAGGCUCCAUAAUUGAACUCUGCCGUCUGUGUAUGUUGUGGAUUUUCAUCGUGUCUGCAGUUUGUAACUCGGAUUAUCGGGUAGUGCGAUAACCUGUAAUCACAAAACGAAACCAUAACAAAUUUUAUUUUUCGCUUUCGUCUUUACCCUACCUAUGAAGUGCAAAACCCUGUUGUAUUAGCUUUCUUUUGCUUCUUCUUUGGGAAAGAAGGGAAAAGUAUAAAGGAACCAGGGCCAUGGCUGCCGCUUUCAGAUCGAAAUCCUUAAAAGAAGCGGUGUUCAGAACAGUCUCCCAGUCCAGGUACUUGGUUUUGAACCACAUGCAUGUUGGUAGAAUUUUCAAUACUCACUGCAAGUACCGGAGAAAAUGGGACGAUUUUCCCACCAAGACACCGUACCGUUUUUGUUCGUUUAAGUUGGUUUCCAUUCAGGGGGAUUUUGUCAAUAUGAGCACUGUACGUUCGGAUAAUCGACAAAUUGUAUCGGAUUUCAGUAAGGAGCGAUGUAAGGAGUCUAGUAGUCUUCCGGAUAGUUUGAGGUCUUAUGGGGAACCUCCUGAGUACUGGCAACCCUCUGGAGAUGGGCUUACAGUUCGCUCGGUUCCCCAGAACACAAACCUGGUUCGCGGUGGUGGAGUGACUCCCGGUUCUGGUUCUGGAGCUGCGUUUGGGUCGAGUUUAGAGGAUGGCUGUUGGGGUGGCGCCAACUUUGGCGACCACUUUCCGACCCCGAAGGAGAUAUGUAAACGGCUCGACAAAUUUGUAAUUGGCCAGGAACGCGCGAAAAAGGUGCUUUCUGUCGCAGUUUACAACCAUUACAAAAGGAUAUAUUACGAGUCUUUGCGAAAAUGGCCCACAGAAGAUCUAGAUAAUGGUGAAAGGGAUGAGAUGGAUAGUGAUUCAGUGGAGCUUGAAAAAAGUAACAUUCUUCUAAUGGGCCCAACAGGCUCAGGGAAGACUUUACUUGCAAAAACCUUGGCACGGUUGGUGAAUGUUCCUUUUGUUAUUGCUGAUGCAACAACAUUAACUCAGGCAGGAUAUGUAGGGGAAGAUGUGGAAUCUAUAUUGUACAAGCUUCUUGCGGUUGCUGACUUUAAUGUAACAGCUGCCCAGCAGGGGAUUGUCUACAUAGAUGAAGUUGAUAAAAUUACCAAAAAGGCUGAGAGCCUCAACCUUAGUAGAGAUGUAUCAGGAGAGGGCGUCCAACAAGCAUUACUGAAAAUGUUGGAAGGGACGGUUGUGAAUGUUCCAGAAAAGGGAGCUCGAAAGCAUCCUCGAGGUGACAAUAUUCAGAUUGACACAAAAGACAUUCUCUUUAUAUGUGGGGGUGCCUUUGUUGAUUUGGAGAAAACAAUCUCAGAAAGACGCCAAGAUUCUUCUAUUGGGUUUGGAGCACCAAUACGUGCAAAUAUGAGGACUAGUGGUCUGACAAAUGCUAUAGUGGCAUCAAAUUUGCUGGAAAAUGUUGAGAGCAGUGAUCUUAUUGCAUAUGGUUUGAUACCUGAAUUUAUUGGGCGAUUUCCAAUCCUAGUUAGUUUAUCAGCUCUAACUGAAGAUCAACUUGUUAAGGUUCUUAUAGAGCCAAAAAAUGCCCUUGGAAAGCAAUACAGAAAGUUGUUUCAAAUGAAUGGUGUCAAACUGCAUUUCACAGAAAAUUCUUUGAGAGUGAUUGCUAGAAAAGCAAUGGCCAAAAACACUGGGGCCCGAGGCUUGCGAUCCAUAUUGGAGAAUAUUUUGAUGGAUGCAAUGUAUGAGAUUCCAGACACAAGAACCGGAAAUGAUAAAAUAGAUGCUGUUGUGGUUGAUGAGGAAGCUGUUGGAGCUGCAGAAGGACAUGGCUGUGGUGCCAAAAUUCUUUAUGGUGAUGGUGCAUUGGACCAUUAUCUUUCACAGAACAAACCAAGUGAUUCAGAGACAAUUUUGGUAGGGUCAGACGGGGAGCCAGAUGUGGAACAAGAGCUGUCUAUUGUUGCUAGCAUGUAGUCUGCUGGCGAGGUUGAUUUGUUAUUCAAACCUUGUAAAUUAAGUUAAAUUUGUAUUUAUUCUGCAAUUGUUACUAGCUUCUAUUGGCUUAAUCCAUACUUCCAUACAAGUCUUCCACCGCAGAUGAUUAAUAAUAACGAAAUUGUAAGCUUACUAGUUAAGUUUCAGAAACCGCAGGUGGCAA